AAAGACCCCUUUGGAGACACAAAAUCCCAAACAACUCCAAUUGCAAAAGCUAACAUAUUAGUAUCUUUUUCUCUUCCUCUUAGAAACCCAUCCUUCCAAUUUCAAAAUGAACAUGGCAGCUGAUUUUGUGAAGGGAAAGAGGAUAACAAUUUUGAGUAUAGAUGGGGGAGGUAUUAGAGGCAUUAUUCCCGGAACUAUUCUAGCUUUUCUCGAGUCUAAGCUUCAGGAAUUGGAUGGACCAGAUGCGAGAAUAGUAGAUUACUUUGAUGUAAUUGCUGGUACAAGUACAGGUGGUUUGGUUACUUCCAUGCUUACAGCUCCUGACAAGAACAAUCGACCUUUGUAUGCGGCAAAAGAUCUAACCCGCUUCUACAUAGAACAUGCACCAAAAAUCUUUCCUCAAAGAAAUUAUUUUUUAAGUUCAGUGGUGAAUUUGUUUGGAAAAGUUAUGGGCCCCAAGUACGACGGCAAAUACUUGAGAUCAUUAAUAAAAGAAUUACUUGGAGACAUAACACUUAAGCAAACACUAACGCAAGUCAUUAUUCCUGCAUUCGACAUUAAGCUUCUACAACCUGUGAUUUUCAGUACGAUCGAUGCUAAAUGGGAUGAGUUAAAGAAUCCAAAAUUGGAUGAUGUUUGUAUCAGUACCUCUGCAGCACCAACAUUCUUACCUGGUCACGAAUUUCAAACUAAGGACUCCAAUGGAAAUACCCGUAACUUUGAUAUGGUUGACGGUGGAGUUGCCGCAAAUAAUCCAACAUUAGCUGCAAUGACUCAUGUAACAAAAGAGAUGAGCAUCUUGAGACAAAGAAGUGAACUUUUGAAAAUAAAACCCAUGGAAACAAAAAGGAUGUUGAUCCUUUCUUUAGGGACUGGUGCACCUAAAAAUGAUGAGAAGUAUAGCGCAGCUACAGCUUCCAAAUGGGGUAUACUUAGUUGGAUUUACCAUGGUGGAGCAACACCUAUUGUUGAUAUUUUCAGUGAUGCAAGUGCUGAUAUGGUGGACUAUCAUAUUGCUAGCAUCUUCCAAUCUGAUCACCAUCAUAAGAAUUAUCUUCGUAUUCAGGAUGACACAUUGAGUGGUGAUGUAUCGUCGGUGGAUAUUGCAACCAAACAAAAUUUAUUAAAGCUAGUUGAAGUGGGAGAGAAUUUGCUGAAGAAACCAUUGUCAAGGGUAAAUUUGGAAUCUGGAAAGUUUGAGCCACUUGAUGGCCAAGGAACCAAUGCAAAAGCUCUUACUGAAUUUGCUCAAAUGUUGUCAGAAGAGAGAAAAUUACGAUUGAACCAAUCCACUUCAUGAUUUUAUGCUUCUGUAUUUUCAUUUUCAAUUUUUCGUCUAUUCAUCUGUUUAAGCAUUCCAUAUUUGGUCCAAUAAAUUGUAAAAGUAUUUCAAAAAUACUUUCAUACUAUUAUAUCCUUUUCAUAUUAGACUAUUUAAAAAGUAUUUGUAUAAAAAAAUGUACACCAUCCUUUUGGUGGCUCAAUUGUAAGAAUUCCAUAAUUAAGUGUACUUGGUUUUGGUUAA